CCGGCCUCCCCCUCUCUUCCCCUCCGCGUGUCGGGUUGCGUCCGGUGCCCUCCCUUCGGGGAUCGAUUGAUGCGAGGGAGGCAAUGGCGGUGUCCUCGCCUUCUGCACCGGAGAAGAGGAGGAAGUGGCUGCUCAGCAACAGGAAGGUGAUCGAUAAGUACCUGCGGGAGGCGAGGGCGAUUCUCGCGGCGGCGCCGGAGUCCGGCGGCGGGGACGCGGUGGCGGCGCUCGGCCUGGUGGACGCGGCGCUGGAGCUGUCGCCGCGUAUGGAGGCCGCUCUGGAGCUGCGGGCGCGCGCGCUCCUCGCGCUGCGCCGGUACCGGGAGGUCGCCGAGAUGCUCCGCGACUACAUCCCCAGCUGCGGUAAGGCCUGCUCCGGCGACGACACCUCCUCCACCUCCUCGUCGGCGGCGGCGUCGCUGCUGUCCUCCGGCUCCGGUGACCUCGGCACGAUCUCCCGUGCCAAGCUCCUCUCGCCCGACCGCCACCGCUCCGACGACGCCGAGCCUGACGCUCGGCCCGUCCGUUCCUUCCGCUGCUUCGACAUUUCCGAGCUCAAGCGCCGCGUCCUUGCCGGCCUCUCCAAGAACCCCAACAAGGACACCCAAUGGAGGUACUUGGUCCUGGGCCAAGCUUGCUUCCACCUCGGCCUCAUAGAGGACGCCAUGGUGCUGCUCCAGACCGGCCGCCGCCUCGCGUCAGCGGCGUUCCGCCGCGAGAGCGUGUGCUGGUCCGACGACAGCUUCUCGUCGUCCGCCGCCGCCGCCGCUGUCGCCACCGUUCCGUCGGGGAAAACGUCCAAGUCCGGUUCGGCGUUCAUUAUCCCGGCCAUGGAAUCAGAGGCCGUGUCCCAGCUGCUGGCGCACGUUAAGCUCCUGCUUCGCCGCCGCGCGGCUGCCAUGGCCGCGCUGGACGCAGGACUGCCGGCCGAGGCUGUCCGCCAUUUCACCAAGAUCCUCGAGGCACGCCGUGGCGUGCUGCCGCACCCCUUCGCCGCCGCGUGCCUCGUCGGCCGUGCUGCCGCGUUCCAGGCCGGUGGCCGCCCGGCGGACGCCAUCGCGGACUGCAAUCGCGCGCUCGCUCUGGACCCCGCCUACAUCCCGGCGCUCCGUGCCCGCGCCGACCUUCUCCAGUCCGUGGGCGCGCUUGCCGAUUGCCUCCGUGACCUUGACCACUUGAAACUCCUUUACGACGCUGCGCUCCGGGACGGUAAACUCCCUGGGCCUCGGUGGCGGCCGCAGGGCGGCGUCCGGUACCGCGAGAUCGCCGGUGCUCACCGCAAACUGACCGCCCGCAUCCAGGGGCUCCGCACCCGCGUCGCCGCCGGCGAGGCGUGCAACAUCGACUACUACCUGCUGCUGGGCGUGCGGCGCGGCUGCACGCGCUCCGAGCUGGAACGCGCGCACCUGCUGCUCUCCCUGAAGCUGAAGCCGGACCGCGCCGUGGUGUUCGGGGAACGCCUGGAGCUCGUGGACGAGCACCGCGACCUCGAGGCGGUGCGCGACCAGGCUCGCAUGUCGGCGCUGCUGCUGUACCGGAUGCUGCAGAAGGGUUACUCGUUCGUCAUGUCCGCCGUGCUGGACGAGGAGGCUGCCGAGAGGCAGAGGGCGAAGGACGCCGCCGCGGCAGCCGCGGCCGCCGCGCUGGCGGCCAAGCAGGAAGCCGCGAAGCAGGAACCACAACAGCCCGUGCCGGAGAAACCCACGAACACGGUGGCCGCCCGUCCAAGGAGCCCACCAGGCCGCGCGCCGAAGGCGAAACCGAAGCCCAAGGUGGCGGCCGCUCCGGCGAUGGCGAAGGCGCCGGCGGCCGUGACGUCGACGGCCCCGGUGUACCAGGGGGUGUUCUGCCGCGACAUGGCGGUGGUGGGCACCCUGCUGUCCCGCGGCGGCGGGUUCGACCGCGCCCUCCCGGUGAAGUGCGAGGCGAUGAGCUGCUGAUGGCACGCCGCGGACGCAGACACAUGACAUGUGCGACGUGGCGUGCACCGAGACGGAGACGGGAUGGGAACGUGAGAUCCAGCGAGGUGGCGGGAAAGGGGUGAUGGGUUUGAAUUGUUUGGUCGUCCAGCUCGCUUGGUGUACAGUUGGGGAGGUGGAAUUGGAAUCGGAGGGGAAGAAGGAAAAAACGGCGAGAGAGAGAAAAAAAAUGCUCGGAUGCAGGAUGAGGGGAGCUAGUGGACGGUAAAUUUUGGCUGCAUCUUCAUGAAUUCGAGUUGUUGCAGUGCUGUUGGUUCUGCCCUUGUACCUCGCCGUUGUUAUCUCCUGCAGGUUUUACGCUGAAACCGGCUCCGGUUACUGCCGUGUACAGUCUUUUUCC